GACACUUGACGUUUUAUAUGUUUACGUCAAUCCACAUAUAAUUUUUACAAAAAUGUAAAAGAAAAGCAAAUAAAACUGGAGCUACGUUUAUUUGACGAAAGUUGAAUAAUUCUUAUCGAUAAAAAUGUUAUAUACUAUGAUGUAAUGUUAUCAACAUUUGAAAUGUUUACGAAACGAAAUCUUGUUGAUAUUAAGAAAUCAACAACUAAAUUACAAGAUCCCAAAAAAGACGUUGCUACUCGAGUGAAACAUUUAAAGAUUAUUUUAGAAAAUGUGGAUACCAGUGAAGCAAAAGGAUUUUUUGAAGCUAAUUUCAGUCAUAUCUAUAAUAUCCUUUAUGAAAGCUUUGUUCAAACUGAAACAAAUCUGCGACAAAGAGAGCUGUCUUUUCAUCUGGUACAUAAAGCUCACAAAGAAGAAUUGGAAUGUACCUUAUGGAUUCUUGAACAAGUGUUGUGUCUUUUACCGGAACUCAUACACAGAAGAUGGCAGUUACAUUCACUCAGCAGACUUUUAGCAAAAUUGUUACACCCUGGAAAUUCUAUAAAAUUAAGACGACAAGGUAUCAGGUUUUUUUUAAUGUGGUACCAAGCAUUAAAUGAAAAUGCCCCAGAAUAUGUAAACAACAUGUUCUCAGCACUGGUACCGGGAUUUGGGAACCAAAGUGUAUUUCAAUCUCAAUAUAGUGGAAGCGUUUUUCACGAUAUCAAUGCUCAGUAUCCUGUAACUGCAUCAGAAUUAUUACCGAUUCUACCACCUUCUAGUGGAGAAAAAGCGCCCGACCACAUUAGUAAAUUCUACUUGGAAGCUUUACUGGAAUAUAUUGUCCAUACGGUUGUAAAAUUAGAAUGGCAAGAUAAAACAUCACACCACCAUCGUUGUUUUAGUUUUUUAUUAGAAAAAUUCAAAGUUUACUAUAUUCCAAAAAUUUUCCCCAACUUUAGUAAAGAUACAUCCCUAUACAAACCAAAUUUAGAUCUGCCUUUGUUAAGAAGACCUGAAAUUGAAAAUGAAUUUGUCCACUGUUGUGUUAGUCUUAUACUUUGGAUCGUUAACUAUGUACAUCAAACUAAAAAGACACAUGAUAAUAAAGAUGCUAAUUCAAUUGGGCCAUCUUCAAUACAAAAUCUUCAAGGAUCUCAUGAAGAUGAUCCUCAACAUGAUUCUUCUCAUCCAAGUUUAGACUCUGCUUUGUCAAUUCAAACAAAUAGAACCGCAUCGGAUGAGGAAUUAGCUCCUCAAAUAGUUCGCGAAGUUUUGUACAGUACCAGAGAAAACGUAAACUUUAUCCAUGAACUGUACCGCCAAGCGUUUCUUCUCAAUUUCACUCACGUCGUAGCGAUUAGAAAAAUCAUAGGGCUAUAUAAAGACCUAAUACAAGGUAAUGUAGUAGAAAUACCUCCGUAUGCUUUAGAAUUACCUGAAGAUGUACCGAGAAAUAUAAAUGAAGAUUUUUCAUAUUCUGAUAACAGUAGACCGGCUCGAUUACGAAAUGAUUCGUAUUUAGGAGCCAUUCAUAAAGAAAAUUUAUUAGUGAGAGCUGGAACACAGAAUAUUUAUCAGCUAUUUAUGACUCACGCAGCUCAUGUUUUUCUGGUUGAAAUAAAUUCACAAGUUCCAAGAAUGUUGGAAGAACAAACAGACGCUUGUAAAAGAGUCCUAAACAUAUAUAGAUAUAUGGUAAUGAAUACCAGAAUGGAUAGCAAUACAUGGGAGCAACUGUUACUUGUGUUACUUCAAAUAACUUCAUUAGUGCUUGGAGAAAAUCCUCCUAAAAAAAGAGCAACCACAUUAGGAGGCAAAUUGGCCCCAGCUAUUUUCCAAACGUUAAUUGUUACGUGGAUCAAAGCAAAUUUGAAUGUGUUAAUUAGUAGAGAAUUGUGGGAUAGAUUUUUACAUGUCAUUACAUCAUUGACAGUUUGGGAGGAAUUAAUCAAAGAAUGGGCGAAAACAAUGGAAACUUUAACCAGAGUUUUAGCUCGUCAUGUUUAUAAUCUCGAUCUAACUAAUCUACCUCUGGAUAGAGUAAACGAAAAUAGGUCAAAAAGAACUAGGAGAACUACUAUAAGACAAGAACAUAGUACAACACCUUGUGGCGCAGGAGAGAUUGUUCAUACGGCAGUUAUUCGACAAGAUUCCACAUUGCCGGACGGACAAUUAUUAUCCAAGAGAACAAAAUCGACUUUAUCUAGAAGCCAUAGUGAUAAUGAUUUAACAUUGAAGAGAAGAUCAACUCACAUAAAAUAUAGAAAUAUUAAUAGAAAACGUUCGAAAUCGUUGGAAAAUAUCGCAGUUCAAGAUACUGAAUCCACUGAUCGCACUCGUUCCCCUAGUCCGGCUCCCUCCAGCGGUAUGGAAAGUAAUUCCAUCAAAGAUUCGCCCAUUCAAUUGGAUAUGUUGUCUGCUGAUCACCAAACUCUCGAAUUAUCGGGCGAAAAUAGAGGUGUCAUUUGUGGAGGAUCUGUAAGAGGUUGGUUGCCCGAUGUCGCCGUUAUACUUUGGAAAAGAAUGUUGGGUGCUCUGGGAGACGUUAACCAAAUAUCCGAUCCAAAACUUCAUGCUCAAGUAUUUGAAUAUUUAGUAAAAUUGACAGACACCUUAAUAAAGAUUAGUCAUAACCAAGGUAUUUCUUCCGACAAUAUGAGUACCCCAUCUCCUCCGGAAUUGAUUCCCCCUCUAACUUUAAUUCUCCCUUGGUGCUUUGGAGCAUUAGUGUUACCUAAUAAUUACGAAGCUGGAAAAUUGAAUGCCUUGAGACUUAUUUGUACUAUAACUGUUAACUGUGAUAGCAAACAUCGGACGUAUUUGCCACAAAUGUAUAGGUUUUUACAUACAGCUUUAACGGGUAGCUCAAAAUUAGUGAUAAGCACAUGCCUGAAAUAUUUAGGUCCGAGAUUUUUCUCUCUACAGUUACCCGGUGCUUCUUUGUUAAUAUUAGAUUUUAUUCACGCCUGUAACGUAAUUUUAAAUAAUACCGAAAAAUUGGAAACGUCGCCAAGAACUGAGGCGAUGUCUUUCUUGGCGAAUCUGCUUAGUCAGACGGAACAUUUCAAUUCCAUAUCUGUACUUCAACCAGAUUCCGAUAUGCAUGUUAUAUCGUGUCCGGAUGUAAAGGAUCAUAUAGUUAGUAUUUUGUUGAGGGCUGGCAGGAGAGAACCUAAAGGUAAAGCUAGAUGUAUUGCGUUGUCUGCCCUUGGAAUUUUUGUAUAUAGAGAAUUAAAAAAUCAAACAUUCCAUCCAAAGUUGGUGGAUUCUCUUAACGUCAUCCUUUUAGCUUUAAAGUUCAAUAAUAAAGUGAUAGCCCAAUUGGCGAGUAAUAUAUUAUUCUUAUUAUGUGAUCAUGCACCGUUAUUAUGGACCCAAUAUCCAAGAUUAAGUAACGCCGUUAUUACAACUUUAUGUUCCGCAUUAUUUCUACAUACUCCACUUGGAUCUACGGCUAGAGAAAGUGAUAAGGCUUUAGGUACUGCUUUGCUGUUUUGUUUGGGGGAAUGGUGUAUGAAAUUGGGGCCUCAAAAAUUAUUACAAAUUUCCGAUUACGGUGAACAUAGAGGAACCUCUCUUUUACUUCAAGUAUUUACGGUAUUGAAUAAAAUAAUGCUUGGGAAAGCGUCGUUGGAACAUCCCGGAGGAUUAACUCAACCUAGUAUGAACGACGACUUUGAUCCAAAUAUUCUUUCCGACGAUUUAGAAAUUUCGGAAAGUUAUUCCUCUUCGAAAGAUAAUCAAUGUCAAGACGCUAUCAAAUUAUGCGCGAGAACAAUCCUUACGCAUCUAGUCACUCAUCUGGGCCACUUUCCAAUGGCCGUAGGUGCUACUAGGCUAAGUUCACUCGUAUCGGAACACGAUGACGUUCCCAAUCUGAGUUCCGAUGAUCUAUCGAGUAGUAUUUUUUCCGCAUCAAAUAUUCAGUUAUUUAUUUUAUCGAAAAACAUAAUAGCCAGUCUGGUGGAAUUACCUACGUUGGAACUACCAGGUGGAGGAGUAACAGCUGGUCUAUCGACCGCCGAUAAACAAGUUAGGGUGAUCUUGAGAGAUCUUUCCGGUAAAUCUAGUUGGGACGCAUCGAUUUUGUAUAAGAAUCCAGAAAAUGCGAAGAAAAAGAAACCGACAGAAACGGAAUAUUUAAAAUAUCACGCGGAAAAUUCGGAAAACAUUAUUCAAAUGGAAAGUUUAAUAACGGCACCUCUUCUACAUAAUUUACCGCAGAGCGCUAUACGACAUCGACCUCCCAACGUAUUGCCGGAUGUUUCUAACGCAGCGCCCGAUUUAGAUCAACUAGACGACCUACUUCAAUAUUUGGGUCAUACAAGUCCAGAAUGUCUUGAAAACGCCAAUCGAAAAUUAAACGAACCAGCCGCUCCGCCAAUGUCGACCGAAUUGGAAAACGAGGCUAUCGCGUCUGUUAUUAGUCAAAGAAACAUGGAAUUGGAAGAGAGUAGGUAUUCGCAACAAGUUCAUUCGAUGUUGGGUCAACCUGUAGAAAGACCAAAUAGUCGAUCGGAAACAAAUUAUCCGACAUUUGGUAGCGCUGUCACUUAUCAACAAAAUAUAAAAAGCGCUUCGGAACAAAACGAUUUUCAACAUUGCCGUUUAUUCUUCUCUCAAUUGGGAUUGGCCGGUUGGGAAAGAAGACAACAAUUGCAUUUACUUAAUAAGACUGACAGAUUGUUGAGAGAAUUGAGGAAUUUAGAUAAUCAGAGCUGUCGAGAAACGCACAAGUUUGCCAUUAUUUACGUAGCUCCUGGUCAAGAAGAUAAAAAUUCAGUAUUAUCCAAUCAAAGUGGGAGCGUCGCUUACGAACAAUUUUUGGCUGCAUUAGCUUGGGAAGUCGAAUUAGAAAACCACACAGGAUUUUUGGGAGGCUUACAACGUCAAGGAACAACGGGAUUGACCGCUCCUUAUAUAGCUACAAGCUUCCUUGAAGCUAUUUUCCAUGUUGCUACCAGAAUGCCUGGAGAUACCCCAGAAGCCGUACUUAAUAAGAUUAGACAUUUGGGCAAUGACGAAGUUCACAUUGUAUGGUGUGAGCAUAACAGAGAUUAUAGACGUGAUAUCAUUCCCACUGAGUUCUGUGAUAUUUUAAUAACAAUUUAUCCUUUGCAAGGAAAUUUUAAUAGAGUAACGAUUAAUUUAAAAUCAGACGUACCACAUUUUGGAGUAUUAUUUAAUGAAGCCAUUGUUGAAACAUCUGUAUUAGCUGGUUUAGUUAGAACGACUGCAAUUUGCGCCAGUAGAGCUAAGAGAUUAACUUACCAACAUUAUCAACAGUAUUAUGAAGAACGUGCUAGAUCUUUAGAAACAGUGGUGACGAAACAUAAAAAAAGUACCACCUAUGAAGAAUUCAUAUCGAAGGUAUAUAGUCCCGUCCAAACGCCAAGUUCACUUUACCCUAGUAGCUUGUCAUCGAGUAGUACUGAAGGUACUCCGAAUUCAUCAAUGUUAGCAGCUGCCCUUUUGGACUCGCACGGACAUGUACCGAAGAAUUCCCAAAGACAUGAUCAAAAAUACAGAGCUUCGGCGAAUGAUGCUACCAAAGCCAGUUGGUUCCAAAAUAAUGAAAAUCAAAUUGUCGAAUCAAGUAUAUCUCCUAGACCUAUGAAGAGAAUUUCGUCAAAUUUGAAACCAUCCAAGAAGUCAGCAAAACGUGAAACGUCCGUAGAAUCUCCACCAGAAAGUCCUCUACAAAUAACAAGAAGAAAAUAAUUUAUUUCAGUAUCGAGCUAACAUGUACAAGGUGUUUAUAAUCUUUAAAAUCCAGUUGUUGAAAAAGAAAAAAUAUUUUAUAGCUUUUUUCAAAUUCUUUUAAACUAUGUCACAUUUUCAUUUUUAUUUAUUUUUUCUACUUUUCUUAAAUUUGGAAGUCAUAAUAUGUAGUAAGCUUAAACUUAUGUAACAAUAUUGUUAAGAAAAUUAUUAUUUUAUCUAGGUUUUAAUAACUGUGUAGAAUAAUUGAACUAUUUAAUUUUUAUAAUCAUAAAAUUUACCACAUGAGAAUAAAUAUUUUUUAAUUUUUAUCACAAUUCGUUAAAAACAACUAACAAUUACGUUGACAAUGUAAAAAUACCGAAAGGUAUCUAAAAGUAUAUUGAGUUAACAGUUUUAUUUUGGCAUUACCUUAGAACAAAACAAACUUGGUGGUUUUGUUAAACAAUUUGUUGUUUUUAAAUGCAUCCAGCGUAAAUUGUCAGACGUAUUUGAUAUUUUUUUAGCUCAGUUCUAGAUUUACUUGCUUAUGGAGUUAAGAAAUAUAAAUCUCUCAACUUAACAUAAUUUUAAUCAAUGAAAAGAGUCGUAAUGUAAAAAAUUCAUUCAUUCACACCAGCUUGAGAAUCAUCAUUGAUUUCGUAUAAAAAUAUAAUGUCCUUGAUAUUUAUAAUUCUAUAAUCAGAUCGCAUGCAUAGAAUUUUUUGCAUUUAUUUCACUUCUAUAACUAGUAUAUAAGCUUAAUACCAUCAAAUUAUUUUAGAAAUGUAUCAAAUUGUUAAGUUAUGAGUGGUGCUGAUUGCUUCCUUUUCAUUCAUUUUUGUUUAUUUAUUCUAUUUCUGCAUUAAAAAAAACUAAUUUAUUUUCUUAAACAUUCAUUAUAAUUUAAUAAUUAGGAGCAAUGUACAUUUUAAAAUAUAAUUUUCAGAAAUGUAUAGUUUCGAUAACAUUUCAGUAUUAACGUUUAAUGUAUUUAUUUUUCACCGUAUUUUUUUAGGUGUUUUAUAUAGUACUUACAUUUGUUACAAAUAAGGGCUUUAUAAUAAAAUAUGUAACAACUAUAA